UUAACCUACUUUUUUCUCUUUCCUCCUUUACAGAAAAAAAAAAAAAAAAUCUUAAAGAGAGAGAAAGAAAGAAACUUCGACGACGAGUCAAAACUCAGAAUACCCACUCCCACUCUUUCUUUCUCUCUCCUCUCUCCCGCCUUCUUUGACUGAGUUGCCAACUCGCUCUCCUUCUUCUCUCUUUCUCUUCCGCCAUUGUUGAUUCAAACAACCAGGCAGUGAAGAAAUCGGUAAAGAAAAUUUAUUUGUGGUGAUCUACUCAAUUUCUCACUUAUUUUGAACUCUUUUGGACUGUAAUUAAUCCGUAAAUCUAGCAUAACCUAAAAAUAGAUCGGUAAACAAGGUGAAUUUGGAUUUUUCCUGAGGAGAUAGAAAAAUGAAUGUAUCGAGGGGACUGUUUGGGUGGUCCCCACCCCACAUACAGCCAUUAACGCCGGUAUCUGAGGUUUCGGAGCCUCCGGAGUCUCCGUCUCCGUACAUAGACACGAACGCCGAGGGUGCGGCUCCCGGUGUGGAGAUGGAGGAGGAUAUGGAAGAUGAAGCCGAGGAUGAGAUCGAGCCGCCACCAGCUGCUGUCCCGUUUUCUCGACUAUUCACUUGCGCCGACCGCCUCGAUUGGCUUUUAAUGGCGGUUGGAUCACUUGCUGCUGCAGCUCAUGGCACUGCUUUGGUUGUGUAUCUCCAUUAUUUUGCUAAGAUUGUUCAACUUCUUGCUUUCAACAGCUCCAAGAACAUAAGUGAGGAUGAUUUGCAUAGCAGAUUUAUUGAGCUUGCUCUAAAAAUUGUCUAUAUAGCUGCUGGUGUUUUUGCAGCUGGGUGGAUUGAGGUCACCUGUUGGAUUCUUACUGGAGAACGGCAGACUGCUGUAAUCAGGUCAAAGUAUGUACAAGUGUUAUUAAAUCAGGAUAUGAGUUUCUUCGACACGUAUGGAAAUAAUGGAGACAUUGUUAGUCAAGUAUUGAGUGAUGUGCUGCUUAUUCAAUCAGCAUUAAGUGAAAAGGUUGGCAAUUAUAUUCACAACAUGGCAACAUUUUUCAGCGGUCUGGUUGUUGGAUUUAUCAACUGUUGGCAGAUUGCCCUCAUAACUUUAGCAACAGGGCCAUUCAUUGUUGCUGCGGGAGGAAUUUCAAACAUAUUUCUUCACAGGCUUGCAGAGAAUAUCCAGGAUGCAUAUGCAGAAGCAGCCAGCAUAGCUGAGCAGGCUGUGUCAUACAUCAGAACAUUAUAUGCAUUCACAAAUGAGACUUUGGCUAAGUAUUCGUAUGCAACGUCGCUUCAAGCAACACUUAGAUAUGGUAUAUUAAUAAGUCUUGUGCAAGGCCUGGGGCUUGGCUUUACAUAUGGCCUAGCAAUUUGUUCUUGUGCACUGCAGCUUUGGGUUGGAAGAUUUCUGGUUACUCAUAAAAAAGCACAUGGUGGUGAAAUUAUUGCUGCGCUCUUUGCUGUUAUUCUGAGUGGCCUUGGACUGAAUCAGGCUGCAACAAACUUCUAUUCAUUUGAGCAAGGACGGAUUGCUGCUUAUAGACUAUUUGAAAUGAUCAGUCGUUCGUCUUCUUCUAUUAAUAAUGAGGGGAAUACUCUAAAUUCCGUUCAGGGUAAUAUUGAGUUUCGAAAUGUGUAUUUCAGCUAUCUGUCUCGUCCAGAGAUACCUAUUUUAAGUGGGUUUUACCUCACUGUUCCUGCUAAAAAGGCUGUAGCACUAGUUGGAAGAAAUGGCUCAGGAAAAAGUAGUAUUAUACCUCUCAUGGAGAGAUUUUAUGAUCCUACAUUAGGGGAAGUCCUUCUAGAUGGAGAGAAUAUAAAAAAUCUUCAAUUAGAAUGGCUUAGAAGUCAAAUUGGUCUAGUCACGCAGGCACCUGCUUUACUUAGUUUGAGUAUCAGAGAAAAUAUUGGUUAUGGACGGUCUGUUACAUCAGAUCAAAUUGAAGAAGCUGCUAAAAUAGCACAUGCUCAUACAUUCAUCAGUUCACUUGAAAAAGGAUACGAUACUCAGGUUGGUCAAGCUGGCUUGGCAUUGACAGAAGAGCAGAAGAUCAAGCUGUCAAUUGCGAGGGCAGUUCUCUCUAAUCCAUCUAUUUUACUUCUCGAUGAGGUUACAGGUGGACUUGAUUUUGAAGCUGAAAAAUCUGUCCAAGAGUCAUUGGAUCUUCUUAUGUUAGGACGUUCUACCAUAAUAAUUGCUAGACGACUUAGUCUAAUUAGGAAUGCUGAUUACAUUGCUGUUAUGGAGGAGGGUCAACUUGUUGAAAUGGGUACACAUGAUGAAUUACUAAACUUGGAUGGUCUAUAUGCUGAACUUCUGAAAUGUGAAGAGGCAGCCAAGCUUCCCAGGAGGAUGCCAGUAAGGAAAUACAAAGAGGGCACAACUUUUCAGAUUGAGAAUGACUUUUCUGGAAGUCACAAUUACCAAGAGUCGUCCUCUCCAAAAAUGGCUAAAUCACCUUCUCUGCAGAGAGUUUCUGGUGGCCAUGCUUUUCGAGUGUCUGAUGCUGCUUUUAGCUCUUUAGAGUCACCAAAAGAUCGAAGUCCACCUUCAGAACAGUUGAGGGAAAAUGGUAAUGGUAAUUCUUUAGAUGGAGCAGAGAAGGAGCCGUCUAUGACAAGGCAGGACAGUUUUGAAAUGAGAUUGCCUGAGCUACCAAAACUUGAUGUUCAAGCUGCACGAAGACAAACCUCUAAUGCUUCCGAUCCUGAAUCCCCUGUUUCGCCGCUUUUAACAUCUGAUCCUAAAAAUGAACGUUCACAUUCACAAACCUUUAGUCGCCCAAAUAGUGAAAUUGGCGACAUGCCUGAAUUGCUGAGGGAAACAAAGGAUUCACGAAAUUGUAUGCCACCAUCAUUUUGGAGGCUAGUUGAACUUAGCCUUGCAGAAUGGCUUUAUGCUGUUUUAGGGAGCAUUGGUGCUGCUAUAUUUGGUUCCUUCAACCCUCUUCUUGCUUAUGUCAUUGCAUUAAUAGUAACAACUUACUACAGAUUUUCUGAAGGUCACCAUUUACGACAUGAAGUUGACAAAUGGUGCUUGAUCAUAGCAUGCAUGGGCAUUGUGACUGUACUUGCCAACUUCUUGCAACAUUUUUACUUUGGUAUCAUGGGGGAGAAAAUGACUGAAAGAGUUAGGAGGAUGAUGUUUUCAGCAAUGCUGCGAAAUGAAGUUGGAUGGUUUGAUGAUGAGGAAAAUAGUGCUGACACCUUAUCCAUGCGAUUGGCUAAUGAUGCAACAUUUGUGCGUGCUGCUUUUAGCAACCGCCUUUCCAUUUUUAUACAAGACAGUGCUGCAGUAAUAGUUGCUAUUCUUAUUGGGAUGUUGCUACAGUGGCGUUUGGCUGUGGUGGCUGUAGCAACACUUCCAGUCCUCACAGUUUCUGCAGUUGCCCAGAAAUUGUGGCUUGCUGGUUUUUCUAGGGGAAUCCAAGAAAUGCAUAGAAAAGCUUCUUUGGUACUUGAGGAUGCAGUCAGAAAUAUCUAUACUGUUGUGGCUUUUUGUGCGGGAAACAAGGUGAUGCACCUCUACAGAAUGCAAUUGAAGAAAAUACUCAGGAAGAGUUUCCUUCACGGAAUGGCUAUCGGUUUUUGCUUUGGCUUUUCACAGUUUCUUCUUUUUGCCUGUAAUGCUCUUCUUUUGUGGUAUACGGCAAUAGCUGUCAAGAAGCAUUACAUGGAUCUCCCAACAGCUCUCAAGGAAUACAUGGUAUUCUCAUUUGCCACUUUUGCUCUUGUAGAGCCGUUUGGUUUAGCUCCUUAUAUCCUUAAACGUCGGAAAUCUCUUAUCUCAGUAUUUGAAAUCAUCGAUCGUGUGCCUAAGAUUGAGCCAGAUGAUUCUACUGCCCUCAAACCUCCCAAUGUCUACGGCAGCAUAGAAUUUAAGAAUAUUGACUUUUGUUAUCCAACGCGUCCAGAAGUUCUGGUGCUCAGUAACUUUAAUCUUAAAGUUGGUGGUGGUCAAACUGUUGCUGUAGUUGGUGUUUCUGGUUCUGGAAAGAGCACUAUAAUAUCUCUUAUAGAAAGGUUUUAUGACCCCGUAGCUGGUCAGGUUUUCCUUGAUGGCAGAGAUCUUAAACAAUUUAAUUUGAGAUGGUUGCGAAGUCAUCUAGGUGUGGUUCAGCAGGAACCUGUCAUUUUCUCGACUACAAUAAGGGAGAAUAUUAUUUAUGCUAGGCAUAAUGCUAGUGAAGCUGAAGUGAAAGAGGCAGCUAGGAUUGCAAAUGCUCACCAUUUUAUUAGUAGCUUGCCUCACGGCUAUGACACCCAUGUCGGUAUGAGGGGUGUAGAUCUGACUCCUGGGCAGAAGCAGCGAAUAGCUAUUGCUAGGGUGGUGUUGAAAAAUGCUCCCAUCUUAUUGUUAGAUGAGGCCAGCUCUGCUAUCGAGUCAGAAUCCAGUCGAGUUGUGCAAGAAGCCCUGGAUACCCUAAUCAUGGGAAAUAAAACUACCAUUCUCAUAGCCCACAGAGCUGCUAUGAUGAGACAUGUCGACAAUAUUGUUGUCCUUAACGGUGGCCGGAUAGUUGAGGAAGGGACUCAUGAUGCUCUGGUUGCAAAGAAUGGGUUGUACGUUCGACUAAUGCAGCCUCAUUUUGUGAAAGGACUUCGCCAUAAUCGAUUAGUUUGAUUUGGACUAAAGAUCUUUGUUGGAUCUAUUUGAUAGGUGAUCUUGAUCAGUUCUAGUAAAUAUUGUUUACUUGACUCCUAAGGAAAUGUUGAUUAUAGGUUAGUCACAAAAAAUUGGGCAUUUAAAAGACUUGGAGGCUUGGUGGGUUGUUGGCUAUGACAGCUAUUUACGCUUGGUGAAUACUGCACCAGAUUCGACUCUGUGGAAUUCUGUUGGGCCUGUGGAGCGUGCUAUCGGAGGUCUGUGUAUUUCUUAGUAGACAGCUUGUAAGUAGCCUUGGGCAGCUUUGUCUCCAUGAUUAUUUAUUACUUCUAUUAAUCAAUUUGUACUUGGGGGAAAAUUGUAAUAUUUUUUGGGUGAUUUCUUUUUAUUUUAUAGAUUUGUGCUAGGUUGUGCUUUUUAAAUAUUUUUUUUUUCUCUUGAUUAGUAGAAUUUGUUUGUUGGUGUAAAAUUGUUAGCAUAGAACCCUUGACUAAGUGAGGAAAAGUGAAGAAAUUAGUUGUAAUUUUCUGUAAAUAUGGCUUAUACGGGAUACAGGGUUGUGAAUCAAUUUUGAUGGUUGAGCUUUGGAAUUUAAAAUUUUCUCUUC